UUAAAGUGAAGCUUGCGGGUACAUCAGUUGGUCUUCACACAGCGGCUGACCUCAGUGAGACAGAGUCGACGCAGGCAGCGACAGGCGGCCGGACAGAGACGUAGACGCCAAAGGAGAACUGUUCAAUAAGAGGAAGCUAAAAGAGCAAAUAUUUAUAUUACUAAUAUAAUCUCACAUUAAGGCUGGAUAUGGCCAGGUUGGAUGUCACAGAGAGGUUUCAUGCUAUUUCGUUUCCUGGACACCUGCACACACAGGAGUCCUUGCAACUGGCUCUCGGAUUCCCGUUUCAGGACACAGACGUUCUCAUCGUCUCCUAUCCAAAGUCAGGCACUACGUGGAUGCAGGAAAUCGUGACUCUCAUAUCCAGCAGAGGAGACCCACACUUGAACCAAACUGUCCCAAACUGGACCAGGGCUCCCUGGCUGGAGCAGUACUAUUGUGCGGCCGUACUGGGAGCCUCAUCCGCCACACCGCGAGUUAUCACCACACACCUGCCUUAUCACCUACUGGCCCCCACCCUCCAGGGCUCCAGAGCCAAGGUCAUCUAUGUGAGCAGGAACCCAAAAGAUGUGGUCGUGUCCUUUUACCACUUUCACAAAAUGGCUAACUUUCUUCCUGAGGCUGGCACAUUUGAAGAGUUUUUGAAUCGAUUCCUUGAGGGCACACUGAACUUUGGUUCCUGGUUCGACCAUUUUAAAGGCUGGACCAAUCAGACAGCAUCUAUGGACAAUCUGCUUCACAUCACUUACGAAGAGAUGUCAUUGGACCUACAUGGAGCCAUAAAGAGGGUCAGCUCUUUCCUGCAGUGUCCCCUGGUGGAGGACGAGGUCAACAACUGUGUGCAACAUUGCAGCUUCAGCAAAAUGAAAAAUAACAAGAUGGUGAACUACACCCUCAUCACCAAUGACAUAAUUGACCAUAGUAAGGGCUCCUUCAUGAGAAAAGGUAAGACUGGUGACUGGAAGAACAUGUUCACUGUGGAGCAGAAUCAAUAUUUCGAAAGCGUCUUCACGUCCAAGAUGCACGACUGCAAUUUAGAGUUUGUGUGGGAGGUGCAGGAUAAAGAGGAGAAUUUCUCUGUAACAGCUGUAUAAAUCCUGCUAAUAUACAAUGAAAUCAGUUGUGAACGAGACAUUGUAUUAAACAUUGUGACACUCGUACAGAUGCAGUUUAAGAGACACUGAGACAUGUUCAAUGUUCAGUACCCUCCUCUGCCUCUCCUGUUUUUUUUUGUUUGUUUGCUGCCUUACUUUCAUAAAUGUGUGUAACGUGACAGUGGUGAUGUAUGAAUAAAUCUCAGGUCAACUAAGUCCUCUCAUGGUUGACUUUGAAAUAAA